AUGGCAAACACUGGGUCUUCUGUGGCUAGAGGUGGGGAAUUUCUAGUGAUAUGGUCCAAUCAUCCGCUUGCACCGAUGGCCAAUCGCAUCAGCUUAUGUGGCUUCAGUCAGUGCCGGAUUGACACUGCUGUUGGCUUCGUCACUCGUGUCGUUGGACAGCUUGCUUGGUCAUUGGGUAUUCGUGACCUUACAGUGAAAUGUGAUAGCACUUUGGCUGUUAAGAUGGUUUAUGAUGAGAUUACUCCACAGGAGAGCAUGAGAGCUCUUAUUACUUCAAUUAGACAGUUGCUGGUGUUGCAAUGGAACUGUCAUUGUUAUAAUGGCCACGUAUACAGAGAAGCAAAUCAUUCAGCAGAUCACCUUGCUCAGUUGGCAACUCAGUUUUCUUUGGGAUUUCAUGUGCUUAACCAACCUCCUUCUCUUGUUCCUUGGUUGUUACAUGAUGCUAAUGAGUAG